AUGUCCGCCGCCGCCGCAGUCUUCCGCGCCAGCAACACCGCUCUCAUUACCGGAGCUGGAUCAGGUGUUGGCCUCGCGGUAGCAAAACUAUGCGCAUCCCAUUCGAUGAACCUCAUCCUGGUGGACCGCGACGAUAGCAAGCUGAAGGAGGCCAAAUCUUCCAUCUCUUCCAAGGGCACCGUGGACACACAUAGCAUGGACGUGGGCUCAACCUCAGACUGGUCGACUCUGAAGCAGAACGUAGAGAAGGGUGGCACGAAGCUUGACUUCCUGCAUCUCAAUGCCGGCAUUGGACUGAAAGGCGACUGGAUGGAUGGCUCGUAUUUCCACAAGAUCUUUGAGACGAACUUCUUCGGCGUAAUUAAUGGCAUUAACACUUUCUUCCCGCAUUUCGAAUCGAACAGCUCGUCCCCGAAGGCCAUCAUCGUCACAGGCUCGAAGCAGGGUAUAACCAACCCACCAGGCAAUGCAGCAUACAAUACUUCCAAGUCCGCCAUUAAGACCAUCACCGAGCAUCUUAGCUUCGACCUGGCAAAGUCAAGUCCGUCUACAAGCGUGCAUCUGCUGGUCCCUGGCUGGACAUUCACUGGAUUGACUGGCGGAGGUGGGAUGAAGGAGAAGCCGGCUGGUGCAUGGUCGGCUGAGCAGGUGGCCGACUAUCUUUACAAGAAGAUGAGCGACGGAAAGUUUUAUGUGAUCUGUCCCGACAAUGACGUCGAUUGGGAGACGGACCGGAAGAGGAUGACGUGGACGUGUGCUGAUGAUCCGCAGAUGGGCGAUGUCGUGUACGAGCGCCAGCCGCAGAGCCGAUGGAGAGAUGAGUACAAAGAGGAGGCGCAAAAGACUAUGGACGGGAUGAAGCUGGGUCAGCGGCAGAUGGACUGA